UGUCAAAGUUUGAGUUUCCUAGAGAAGGAAAAGUCUUUCACUUAACGAGGGGAAACCUCAAAGAUUGUUAGGUUUCUAUAGAGCGGAAUAUCGCGUUUUGUUGGUAUGGAAUGACACCUUCUCACCGGGGGCUUCAAAAACACGAUGGCAACGCAUUUUCUGAGGUGGAUCACUCUCACCUCUUUGCUCUGCUUGGGCUCUUCUGUUCUGGCGGAAAAGAAAGUAUGUCAAGGCAUCACCAACCGUUUAAACCUUCUUGGUUCCAAAGAGGACCACUACCUGAACAUGGUGAAGACCUAUAGCAACUGCACUGUGGUCCUGGAGAAUCUAGAGGUCACCUAUAUGGAAGAGCACCGCGACCUGUCCUUCCUCAGGUCAAUUGAAGAAGUGGGAGGCUACGUCCUGAUUGCCCUCAACACAGCUUCCAGGAUUCCUCUGGAAAACCUGCGCAUCAUUCGCGGUCAUUCCCUCUACGAGGGAGGGUUUGCCCUCGCUGUGCUUGCUAAUAGUGACAAAGCCACAGGUCAAGGCACCAGUCAGCUUCUCCUGACCAGCCUCACAGAAAUUCUUAAAGGAGGUGUGAAGUUUGGAACCAACCAGCUAUGCAAUGUGGAGACAAUACAGUGGUAUGAUAUUGUUAACAUUGAAAACAAACCCAACAUGGAGCUCCCUGUGGCCAGCAACAAUCCACUUUGUAAAAAGUGUGACUCAAGCUGCUUCAAUGGCUCAUGCUGGGCACCUGGUCCUCAAAACUGUCAGACUUUAACAAAGCUGAACUGUGCACAGCAGUGCUCUAAGAGAUGCAAAGGACCUUCACCCAGUGACUGCUGUAAUGAACAUUGUGCCGCAGGCUGCACAGGACCCAGGCCCACCGACUGUCUGGCCUGUCGGGACUUCCAGGAUGACGGGGUGUGUAAGGACUCCUGCCCGGGCCUCAUGCGCUACGACCCCAACCUGCACCAGCUGGUACCCAACCCACAUGGAAAGUACAACUUUGGGGCCACCUGUGUCAAGAGCUGCCCACAUAACUAUGUGGUGACUGAUCAUGGAGCCUGUGUGCGAACGUGCAGUGGUAACACAUACGAGGUGGACGAGGGAGGAAUCAGGAAGUGCGCUAAAUGUGAUGGACUGUGCCCCAAAGUGUGUAAUGGACUUGGAUCGGGAGAGCUGAUUCACACCCUGUCGAUCAAUGCCACCAACAUUGCAUCCUUUAAAAACUGCACGAAACUCAAUGGUCACAUUGCUAUCAUCCAAACAUCAUUUAAAGGGGAUUCAUACACCAACACACCAGAGAUGGACCCUUCCCAGCUUGAUGUGUUUAAGACAGUUAAAGAAAUUACCGGGUACUUGUGGAUUCAAACGUGGCCAGAGAACAUGACCUCACUCAGUCCUUUUGAAAAUCUGGAGAUCAUUCGAGGACGAACUAAACGCGGAAGCCGCAGUAUGGUUGUGACUCAGCUCGGUAUCAACUACCUUGGCCUUCGCUCCCUCAAAGAGAUCAGCGAUGGAGAUGUGGUCAUUAUUAAGAAUGAUAACCUCUGCUAUACCAACAAAAACCACUGGACGCGGCUCUUCAAAUCAAAAAGCCAAAGUAUCACUAUAGACGAAAUCGCUGAUGCUUCCACAUGUGCUCUGAGGAACAACACUUGUGACAGGAAGUGUACCACAAUCGGCUGCUGGGGCCCUGGCCCGGACAUGUGUUUCGCCUGUCGUGACUACAGCCGUGAUGGGAGCUGUGUUGACUCCUGCAACAUCCUGGAGGGAGAGCCGCGGGAGGCAGUCAUGAAUAAAACCUGCAUGGAAUGUCACCCAGAGUGUCAACGCAUGAAUGGGACAGCAACCUGCAGUGCUCCUGGUUCUGGAAACUGUACCAAGUGUGCCAACUUCAGAGAUGGACUGUUCUGUGUGUCUCGCUGUCCUCAAGGCGUGCCAGGGGAGGACGACACGCUUGUGUGGAAAUACGCAGAUGAGAUGAAAGUGUGCCAGCUAUGCCACAAAAACUGCACUCAAGGGUGCAUUGGGCAUGGUCUUGAAGGCUGCCAGAGAAAAAGCCCUUCUGGUCUCUCCAUGAUUGCGGCCGGUGUAGUUGGUGGUCUGCUGGCUGUUCUUGUUGCAGGCCUGUCUGUCUUUGUGUUGCUACGCCGACGCCACAUCAAGAGGAAGAGGACCAUGCGCAGACUUCUCCAAGAGAGAGAGUUGGUUGAACCUCUGACUCCAAGCGGAGAGGCACCAAAUCAGGCUCUGCUGCGAAUCCUGAAGGAACCUGAAUUCAAGAAAAUCAAAGUGCUAGGAUCAGGGGCUUUUGGUACGGUUUACAAGGGCCUGUGGGUUCCAGAGGGAGAGGAUGUGAAGAUCCCAGUAGCCAUCAAGGUUUUGAGAGAGGCCACAUCACCAAAAGCAAACAAAGAAAUCUUGGACGAGGCUUAUGUGAUGGCCAGCGUUGAACAUCCCCAUGUGUGUCGCCUGCUGGGCAUCUGCCUGACCUCCACAGUGCAGCUCGUCACCCAGCUGAUGCCCUACGGCUGCCUGCUGGACUACGUCAAAGAGAACAAGGACAAUAUCGGCUCCCAGUACCUGCUCAACUGGUGUGUGCAGAUAGCAAAGGGUAUGAACUACCUGGAGGAGCGCCACCUGGUACACCGUGACUUGGCAGCCAGGAACGUCCUGGUGAAGACUCCUCAACAUGUCAAGAUCACAGACUUUGGUCUGGCCAAGCUCCUUAACGCAGAUGAAAAGGAGUAUCAUGCAGAUGGAGGAAAGGUACCAAUAAAAUGGAUGGCUCUUGAAUCUAUCCUGAACAGGACGUAUACACACCAGAGUGAUGUAUGGAGUUAUGGUGUUACAGUUUGGGAACUGAUGACAUUCGGGACCAAACCGUAUGAUGGGAUUCCAGCCAGUGAUAUAGCUGGCGUGCUGGAGAAAGGCGAGCGUCUGCCUCAACCACCAAUCUGUACCAUCGAUGUCUAUAUGAUCAUGGUGAAAUGUUGGAUGAUUGAUGCAGACAGCCGACCUCGUUUCCGGGAAUUAAUAGCCGAGUUUACAAAAAUGGCUCGGGAUCCUUCUCGUUAUCUUGUCAUUCAGGGUGAUGACCGCAUGCACUUGCCAAGUCCCACGGACACUAAAUUCUACCGCAGCCUGAUCAGCGGGGAGGACAUGGAGGACGCUGUCGAUGCAGAUGAAUACCUGGUGCCACAACAUGGCUUCUUCAGCAGCCCGAGCACUUCUCACACCCCGCUGAUGCACUCCACGAGCCUCAACAGUAGCAUUGGAACCUGUCACGGCAGAAAUGGCUUAUUGAAUGGAUUCCCGAGCCGAGAUGGAAGCAUGGUUCUUCGGUAUAUUCCUGACCCCACGGACAAACAUUUAGAAGACGCCUUCCAGCCAGCUCCAGACUACAUGAACCAGAAUGGAGUCUCAGACAUGAUGAAUCCCAUAUACCAGCACCCCGGUCCGCCUCGUACCAUCCUUCCCACCAUCUCCUCAGACGACACGGAGACUGAGUACCUGAACUGCUUUAAGAACGAGGCCAAUGGACCUGAGUACCUCAACGAGGUCCCAUCCCCCGCCACCCUCCCGCUCACCUCCAACGGCACGGUUCACAGCAUUCAGAAAUACCAGCCCCAGAAUAGCAUAGACAACCCUGAUUACCAACAGGAUUUCACUCCCACCUUCAAGACCCACACAAAUGGACACGUCCCAGCAGCAGAGAACACAGAGUAUCUGGGCCCAGACUGAGGAUUUGUUUUAUUGACUUGGAUCGACAAACAGACAAUAAAAAAGAGACUGUUUCCUGUUCCGUUAAAAAAAGGACAUUGAUGUCUUGGCUGGGACAGCAUAGCUAAGUGGUACCAUCAAUUAUCAUAUAUGUUCGUUUCCCAUCAAAAGGAGUCAGGUGCAGCUUUCCGUGUUGCUCGCAUGCAGUCAUACUUGUCACACAACACUCGUCUCAUUCCAAAGAGUUCUUUCUUUACAACCAAACUACAGAUGAUUUCAUGAAAGCUGGACAAAAGCUGACUUUUACAAAAUGACUCAGUUGACUUGAGAGUUGCUGGACACGUUGUAACCCCUGCCAGAAAGUGAAAAUCUUCUCCUGAAAAUAUCUCUAAAUGUUGUGCACAAAAUGCUGCGAUCCAAAUGUGUCAGUGGAGGAAUGCUAUUAAAAGGACACAAAAGCUCUACUGCAAAAAAAAGAAACUGGCAGCUCAACCCAAACACAACUUAAGGUACAUGUGUUGUAGAAUCACACAAUCAAGACACAAUUUGUAAACUGUAUUGAUAAGUUGGAUAUGAAAGGGUUGGACAGCUAUGAUGUGGUGCACCCACCUGACGCUGAUGUGAAGCCUACAGAGCAUUUGUCCUGUGGUGAAGUCAAGAAGUUAAAAGGGGAGUUCUCGACAGCCUGAUGACACUCUUCCUGAAGGAUGAGUCGAUGAGGAAACAAGAUGCGAUGUCUAGAAUGUAUAGCCAGUUUGAAGGGGAAUACUGGCGAAUUGCAUUGUUUGAAUAGGUUACCUUUAUGCUCUAAGACAAUUCAGAUUUGUUGCUGUCUCUUAGAUUGGAAGAAGAGAGUAGAGUUUCCUGUAUCCCCCUGUGUGUCACAUUAACUAUAUUCAUAUGUGGACGAUGUAAUGGUAAAUAUGGCAAAUGUGAUUGUGGUCAUAUUCACACUGCUGUUUUUUUGUAGUUGAAAACCUGCAGCACUCUUGUAGCCUGGAGUUCAUUUUUUGUACCCACAAAGAUAGUUAAACUCUGAGGUCUAUAACAGAAUGGCACAUUAGUCUGUACCCAGGAAGCUCUUUUACUUUUACUCUUUUACUCUUAACUUCCCACAAAUGGUAUCUUCUGACUGCACUAAGAGCUUAUCAAGUUUUUACUGAGAAGCACAUUGACUUGACCGCAAAAACAAAAGAUGGGUUUAUAACCACCACUUCCAAACACGUUCCAAUAGAUGUUUCACUAUUUUUAUGUUUUAUCACUUUUUUUUUUUUUAAAGGUCUUCUUGAACUGUCUUAGCCCAUGUGAGUAACUUGUUUGAAUUUUUAAAUAAAAGUAGUAUUUCCCUGUAAACAUUAUGUGUUUUAGAGACUAUUUGAAUGACUCUAUAUCACAUCUUUCUGAUGUGUGUGGUCUAAUAUAUCUAUGCUUGUCUAUUUUUUUAAACAAAAGUGUAGACUGUUGUUUGACACAGGGGGUUGACACCUAUGAAUCUGCUCCUAGCUUUAAAGUCUUGUAGUAUUGCAAGAGCAUUAACUUUGCAAAUAUUAUUCCUAGUUUUAAAGGAAUAUACUAUUGUAGCAACCUGUAAGCCUACUUUUGCAGAUUUUACACAGGUACAUGUACAGAUAGUAGUGAUUUAUGCUGUAAUAUACCCCAAAAUAGAUAGUCAUCUAUAAUUUAUACUAUCAGUACUUGGUUUUGCCACAUCAUACGUGAAUAUGCACUUAUUCCUGGAUUGUGAUUCUUUCAUUCAAAAGUGAAUAUGAAUAAAUCUUUUUUUUCUAUGGAAAUAAA